AUGGAGGCCUUCCAGCACUUUGGUGAGUCUGUCGAGCGUGAGGACCUGGAGCCUUUCGUCCAGCCCAUGAUGGAGAAGCUUGGCUCCAAACUGCAAGGCAACGUGAAAAGACAGAAGAAGGCGAUUACGUUCAUUGCAGUCAUUGCUGGACAGGUCGACGAUGCCUUCGCUCCAUACUACGGACAUCUUAUGCCUUUGUUGAAGCAGGUCAUUGAGAACACUUUGCACAAGACAGAGGAGCGGCAGCUGUUGGGCAAAUGCUUUGAAUGCAUUUCCCUCCUGGCAAGAGCAGUCGGCCGGAAUGGAUUCCGCGCAGAUGCCGAGCAGAUCAUGCAGGCUAUGAUCCAGGCCACAAAGGUCCCGAACUUGCCCACCAACGAUCCUGUCAAGGAGUACAUGAUGGCCGCAUCAGAGAGAAUCUGUGCAACGAUGAAGCAAGACUUUCUGCCGUUUGUGUCGCACAUCCUGCCUGGAGUCCUGGAGAGGUUCACGCUGGCCCCGAGGGAGUUUACCGGUGGGGACGAGGUUGAUGACAACGAUGAAGUGAAUCUGACGCUCAUGCAAGAAAAUGGGCAGGUCAAAGUUAUGAUCAUGUAUUCAUCCGAGAUCCAGGACCUGAAAGCAGCACUGGAGUGUGUGCAUACGUUCGUUGAAGAGCUGGCAGCUGCGUAUGCCCCGUUCGUGGGAGAGACAGCCAAGGCCCUGCUUCCGGUCUUUGAUUUUUGCAUGGAGGAUGGCAUCAGGGAUUUGGCGUUCGAGACAUGGGGUCAGCUGUGUCGCAGCGCGCGACAAGGUGGUCAGGUUCAGAUUGUCAAUGAACUCGUCAUGGAGUUUCUGAAGCGAGUGCUUCCGAAAUUCGAAGCUGCGAAGGUGGACGUGGCCGAACUCAAGACCAGCGCAGACGGAAUGACUGCUUGUCUGAGGGAAGCUGGUUCUGGAAUCCUCCACGCCGAGCAGUUGCGUCACAUUUGCCGCACAACGCUUAGUGCCCUGGCCGAGUCGCUAAAGCGGCGCUCCGAGGCAGCUAAGGGCAGACCGGCACAAGUGCAGCAAGAUGAGGAUGGAGAGGACCAUGAUGAUGAUGAUGAAGAAGACGAGCAGGCACUUCGAACAUCCAUGUGUGAAGUGGCAGGGUCACUGAUGCAGCAUCAUGCUGACAUAUUUAUCGCCGAAAGCUUUUCAGACUAUCUGACCUUGGUUGUCCAAUGGCUCCAACCUGGUUCGGCAAAAGAAGACAGACAGCUGGCGUUGUUCGUGAUCUGUGACUUCCUUGAACACUUGGGUGACAAGGUUGUUGCUCAAUGGCCGCAGUUUGUGCCAAAGCUUGUUGAGGACAUCCUGCACCCGGAUGCAGAUCUGCGCCAACCGGCGUGCUACGGUGUGUCGCUCGCAGCAAAGUUGCAGGCCUUCGCUCCCUUGGCCUUGGAUGCAGCAAACAAACUCUCCCAGGUUGUGACCCAGUCCAGGCAAAGAACCAAGAAGAAGUCUGAAAAGGUUGCACAGGCUUGCGCCGACAAUGCGCUGUCUGCUCUUGUCGAGAUCCUGCUCGCUCAUCCACAAGCAAUUACGUCUGUUCAGGCUCAGGCAUGGAAUGUUUGGCUGGGUGGCCUGCCUUGCCAGGAGGAUGAUGUUGAAGGCGUCCGAAACCACCGCAGACUUCUCGAGCUUCUUCAACAGGAGAAGGCUGAAGUGGUUGGUGAAGGAGGUGCGAAUGUUCCGAAGCUCUUCGGAAUUCUCGUGGACGUGUACAAGACUGAUAUGGCAGACGAGGCCACUUCCGUGAAUAUUGGCCAGUUUGCACUUCGGCUGGGUGAAUCGAAGCUAGAAAGCUUCGCUGCUCAGUUUAGCGACAAGCAGAAGAAGAAGCUACUCAGAAUAGUGCGGGAGGCACGACAGAUGCUCCAAGCCUUGAUCCCUCUACGAGGUGAAACGUGUCAGAGGGCUGCGCAAGCAGUCAGAUGUGCACGGUCCGCACCUGCCUCUGCCAACCCGUUGCGGCGCCUUGUGCUUCGACCGUCCCGAAGGCAGCGCCUCUUGCUGCCUCGCGACUGGCGUCAAGCAGCAGAGGUUCCGAGAGUCCUCGGCGCCUGCGCCGCAGGUACUGCCGCCGUGUCUGCACGUCGAAAACGAUCAAAGCCAUCGAUGGCGCUCAUCGACCGAGUCAUGUUCUUGGGGACUGGUUCGGCAGUGCCCGUGCCUGGGCAGCGCAACAUGUCCAGUCUAGCAGUGAUGCUGAACACAGGAGCUGCCAUAAUCGUCGACUGCGGUGAGGGCACGCAGCAUCACAUCAAGGUGAGCAAGUUUCUGAAGCUCUCCCGCGUCGAGUUCUGGAAUGAUUCGUCGUUCGAGUCCUACAACCCGCAAGCGCAACAAACUCUGUACCAGAGCCUCCUGCAGAAUCCGCGCCCUGACGAGGUCGAUCUGCCACAGUCCCCUUAUGUGAUCUCCAACUUCAACAAGGUGGAGCACGGAGGAGCAUCGCAGAGGAACAAGAACAGUGGCUUCAAUCGGUGGGUCAGGAUACGACCACCGUAUGUGCUCCCCGGAGCCCAGCCCUUUGCCGCUGCCGUUGCCCUUCAGCGGAGCGACUUCCGCUUCUGCUUCGAGGCCAGGGCCAGGACAUGUCAGGACGCGUUCAGAAACGACCCUUGGAAGGAGGGGAGAGAUGGCUCACAGUUGGUGCCCUUUUCCGAGGACCACCGAGAGAUUCUCGCAGGUGCCGAGACCCCGAGAAGUGCCAUCAAACUGAGAGGAGCUGCAAAGCGAGCUGAAGCGAUUUCUUGCCUCGAGCCCUCGCCCUUCGGAGGCGACAGAAAACGCAUGUGCAUCCGGCAUCCGGGCAUAUCCGGGUUUGGCUUGGCCACUUUUGCAGGUCUACUUCAUGGCGAAGCAUUCCCCAUACUUGUUGUCGGGAAUGGACCAGAUGCAGGAUUCCUCCCUUUUCCUGUCCAUAACUGGUACCGCACUGCUUGCAGCCUGCGAGGACCUCCAGAGCGAUUCGCCGCUUGCGCAGGUCGCUGGCUGAGCGAAAUUGCAGUCACCGCAUGUCGCGACUUCUCUUCGCAGGUCAAUCUGAAGACUGGCUUCGUGCGAAGGGUGAGGCAAGCAUUGAGAUUUGAAGGCGCCGUUCCUGCAAGGCCCGUCAUCGCCCAUGUGGCAGGAUCAUGA